AUGGCGAAAGACGCGACCAAAGCACUACUUUGGACAAAACAACUAUAUUACGACAAAGCUAACAAAGCCGACACGUUACUCGCUCGCAAUUUCAAACAACGACACAAAAAUAAACAGAUACACAAAAUAACUACCCCAGGAGGGGAAAUCACAGAGGACCCAGAUAGAAUCGCAAAAGUCUUUCAAAAUUAUUUUGGAACCCUACAUGACCACUCCCCAGAAACGCGACAAUAUCCAGCAUUGGCCAAAACACUAAUAGACCAAUACCUAACCCAG